AUGUGCUGUGAGAGCUUCAUCAAGGUCAAUUACGACAUUAUACCUGUCUCAUUUACUUAUUUCUGUCACUUUUUUAAUCGUCUUCUUGCUGAUACUAUGAAUGUAACAUACAUUCAUCUCGGUGGCCAUGUGGAGUUAGAAAAAUACCGGUAUGUUUAUUUCUCCAUCAUGGUCACAGGUUAUGUUUUGAUCCUGUCCAGCAAUUCUACUGUCGUUUGUCUGGUUGUGAUCCACAAGAACCUCCAUGAGCCCAUGUACAUCUUUAUUGCUGCUUUGUUGAUCAACUCUAUUAUUUUCAGUACUUCUAUCUACCCGAAGCUUUUGAUUGACUUCUUGUCAGAGAAACAGAUCGUGUCGUACGAAGCUUGUCUCAUUCAGGUAUUUGCAUUUUACACUCUAAGCUGUUCAGAAUAUUUGCUGUUAGCAGCCAUGGCUUUUGACAGAUUUGUGUCAAUAUGUAAACCUCUGCAAUAUCAUACGAUCAUGAGAAAAAGAACAGUGAGUGUUUUCCUUGUUCUAGCUUGGUUUGUACCUGCUUGUCACAUUGCUGUGCCCUUCAUUGGAAAUGCCAAUUCCAAGCUCUGUAGCUUCACUUUGAAAGGCAUUUUUUGCAACAAUUCAGUGAAUUAUCUUUUCUGUGUGGCUUCAAAAGCUUUGUUGAUGUACGGCCUAGUUGUUUUAUUCAACAUUGCUGUUUUUCCCAUGGUGUUCAUACUGUUCACUUACACAAUGAUACUGAUAGUGGCCUAUAGAAGCUGUGGGGACGUGAGGAAAAAAGCUGCACAGACGUGUUUACCUCACCUGCUGGUGUUAAUCAACUACUCUUGUUUGUUUGCUUAUGAUAUGAUUAUUGUGAGACUGGAAUCUGACAUUUCAAAGGCUGUACGGUUUGCAAUGACAAUGUGUAUAAUAAUGUGCAGUCCUCUUUUUAAUCCAGUCAUUUAUGGACUGAAAAUGAAAGAAAUCUAUAAACACCUGAGAAGGUUGUUCUCCCAAACGAGGAGAAAGUGA